CAGACCUCUUGGGAUUGGCCAAAAACCGAUCGAGCUGAGUAGGGAUCGAAUUCGUCCCGAUCCAUUUUUGGUACCUCUUCAGCAGCAGCGUCUUUGGCACCACACGUCCGGAUGUGGUCCCGCGCGGCGAAGGCACGCAGUGCACGCAGUGGCUGGAGCUUUGGCAGAGGAAGCCUCCUGGUGGCGCUGCUGGCUCUUCAAUAUGCCUCGCUGAGUUUCUGCAGGCUUCCGCUUCUCCAUCGCAGGACGCGGCUGGCACGCCACGCCAGCUUCGACCGGGAGCGGCUCAACAACGAAGCCACCUUUGCUGAAGGCCUUGUGAGGUCCUUUGAGGGCUUCUUCCAACCUGACGAGCCGCAACUUAGCCCCGAGGAACAAGAGGCGCAAGACCGGCAGCAGGCCUCCUCAGAGGCCACUGCUCAGGCGCUGCAGUCAUUAAGACUGAACGUCCAGGCUGGAGAAGACGACGAAGGUUUGCCUCUUCUCCGCGCGGCGCCGGUCUCGGUGUUGCAGUCCAAGGCGAAGCAGAGCGUGGUCAUCUUCGCAGUGCCUGUCGGCAAGGAACAACUCAUCACGGAUGUCCUUCUGUCAAUGAGGAUCGAGGCCAAGGGCUUCAGCGAGCGCAACGUGCUGGUGGCGCCGGCCAUUGUGGAUUUGACCUCGCGAAGGUUGGUGGAGCUCCCGCCCAACAUCAGGGCCUCGAAGCUUCUCCGUCAGAAGCCCAUCGCUUUGCCCCUGGAGACCUCCGGUGAGGAGACCGCGACGUGGGGCGAGGUGCUCAGCGCCGAGUUCGAAGAAGCAGAGCUCCAGGGCACCAACGAGGUCAUGGAGAUGGGGCUGGCCGUGAUCGUGGGGCGCGAGGGCGACAUUCUCCGCCGUGGCUUCGGGCGUCCCAGUUGGAAGGUGGUCUUCUCUGAGACGGACGUUGAAUGAGCGCCGGGCAAACGCCCAUCCGGGGCGUCGCACAUCGCAACCGACUGAGACGGCGCUGAAAGGAACGUCCACGCGUCAGAGAGCACCGUUUCGUUGCUG